UGCUUUCAGUUCAUUCUGUCAUGUCUCUUACGUCAAACUUAACAGUAAACUUAUUGGUUAGAAUGCGUAAAAAAUUCAGUUUUAAGUGAUUUAAUAAAGGUUUUAGGAUAACGCAGUUGUUUAUCUUUUUGUAAUAAAUGUCACAGUAUUGUUUGUAGCAAACACCGAGCUUCUAGUAAAGAUGGUCGAUACAUUUACGUGUAUCACAUGUAAUGUGAGGUAUGAGACUGCGGAGCAACAACGUGAACAUUACAAAUUGGAUUGGCAUAGAUAUAAUUUGAAAAGAAAAGUAGCCUCGUUACCUCCAGUAAAAUUGGAGGAGUUUGAACUUAGAGCUAAAGAACAUAGAGAACGGCAAAAUGCGAGCCAGGAUGAAUCACAGUACUGCAAGUGUUGCUCAAAGUUGUUCAAUACGAAAAAUGCAUUUAACAACCACUUGAACAGCAAAAAACACAAGAUUUUGGAGGAAAAGUUUGUUGAAAGCAACAAAGAGGAUGAUAAUAGUGGACAUUCCGAUACAGAUAGUUUUGUGAAAGUUGAAUCAUCAUCGAAUGCUACAAAAGAACCGGGAAAAUUUGUUGUGGUCAGUGCUGAUGACUCUGGCGAUGAAGAUAUUGAAACAGAUUCUGAAAUUGAAGAGCUCGAUUCAGACGAGUGGGACGAAUGUAGAAUCAAAGGCAGCGAUUCUCUCAUCAAGCCACGAGAUUGUUUAUUCUGCGGACAUCACAGUAAAAACAUGGUCAAAAACCUCAAACACAUGUCUGUAGCGCACUCAUUCUUCAUUCCUGAUGUGGAAUAUUGUGUGAAUAUAAAAGAAUUACUACUUUAUUUAGGAGAAAAGAUAUCACAAGGAUACAUGUGCAUAUGGUGCAAUGACACGGGUAAAACAUUUUAUUCUAUGGAAGCUGCUCGGGGUCAUAUGAUUGACAAGGGACAUUGCAAGAUGUUACAUGAGGGUCUUGCAUUGGCUGAAUAUUCAGAUUUCUAUGAUUACAGUGCUUCAUACCCUGAUCAUGAGGAAGGUGGCGAGAGCAUGGAUGUAGACGAGGAAGUGGAUGGACCCUCAACAAUUGCAGGUGAUGACUUCCAGUUGGUGCUGCCUUCAGGAAUUGUUGUCGGUCACCGCUCACUUAUGAGAUAUUAUAAACAGAAUUUAACACAAAGUAGUGGAGCUCUAGUGAAAAAAUCUGACCGUAAACUACAUAGGCUUCUUGGUGUGUACCGUGCACUUGGUUGGUCAGAAAAAGAACAGACAUUGGCUGCAAAGAAAGCAAGGGACAUUCACUUCAUGAAGCGAGUGCAAGCAAAAUGGCAGAUGAAACUUUCCAUCAAAAACAACAAGUUCCAGAAACAUUACCGGCCACAAGUUAAUUUCUAAAAUGUGUUACCAUUCAUUGGUAAUGAUUUUAAAGUAAUUUAUGAUAGCUUAAUAAUAUACCAUGUGUUCUUAGUUACGAAAAAAUAUUCUAAAGUUCAAUGUGAUUAGUAAAUAAUUAUGAAAUUUGUGUUUAAUUCCCUUAAGCUAUUAUUGUUCAUUCAAACUUUUCUUAAACUGGUGCUUAAUAAACUAAAAUGUUUAAUUAACUUACAUAAUCCACAUACAUUAUACACUUAGAUUAUUUAGAUAUACAUUAUUGGAAAGCAAAAUAUUUUUAAAUGAUUAAUCACUUUGAAGCUUCAAAUAAUUCAAUGGUGUUUUUUCAUCUGAUGCUGUGGCAAUAACGUAGCAUAGUUGGGAUAAAUAUAUGUAUAAUACAGUUCAAUUUUUAUUUUCGUAUUAUUUCAAUGUUAUGAUAUCCUCAGAAACAAUCUGGAGGUUCUAAAGACAGGGUUUUUAAAUCAGUUGUGUAGUUAUAUUAUGUAUUUGGAAUUAUGAUACGUAAUGUAAACAAAUAUUCUGCAAUAUAGGUCUGCAAAUAAUUAAGAUUCGCAGUACAUAUAUUAAACUAGCAAAUUCUUUUGGUAGCAUAAGUUCAUGUUAAUCAGUUUAUAGGAAAAACGAAGAGAAAUAAAUUGAAACUCUGCAC